AUGGCCUCUCAGCUGCUUUUGCCAACAAACCUAUUCACUAAGUCAUCCUUCGAUAAAGUUUUCAUUACAGGUGAUAACAUGACUCUGAAAAGAAAGUCCAACCACGCAAGAAGAAUUUCAUAUGGACUUAGCUUAAGAGCAAACGCAGCUUUGAUAUCUAGUCAUAGCUCAUCUGUUGAAGUUCCACGUCAAUGGUACAAUCUUGUUGCUGAUCUCUCUGUUAAGCCUCCUCCACAGUUGCACCCCAAAACUUUCGAACCAAUCAAACCCAAAGAUUUAACUCAUCUUUUCCCUAAUGAGAUAAUUAAGCAAGAAGAAACACUGGAGAGAUUUAUCGAUAUCCCCGAAGAAGUUCUUGAAAUCUAUAAGCUUUGGCGUCCAACUCCUCUCAUCAGAGCAAAGAGAUUGGAGAAGCUUCUUCAGACACCUGCAAGGAUUUACUUCAAGUAUGAAGGUGGUAGCCCAGCUGGUUCACACAAACCAAACUCAGCAGUUCCACAAGCUUAUUACAAUGCGAAAGAAGGUGUCAAGAACGUUGUGACGGAAACUGGCGCUGGCCAAUGGGGGAGCUCUUUAGCCUUUGCUUCUAGUCUAUUUGGACUUGAUUGUGAAGUGUUUCAAGUGGCCCAUACAUACCAACAAAAGCCAUACCGUAGGCUGAUGAUGCAAACUUGGGGGGCCAAGGUUCAUCGAUCACCUUCGGAACUCACUGAGGCAGGUAGAAGAAUCCUUCAGGCAGAUCCAUUAAGCACAGGAAGUUUAGGCAUUGCAAUUUCAGAAGCUGUUGAAGUCGCAUCAAGAAACGAGGAUACUAAAUACUGUUUAGGGAGUGUAUUUAACCAUGUGUUGUUACACCAGACGGUUAUUGGAGAAGAAUGCAUAAAACAGAUGGAAGAAUACGGCGAAACGCCUGAUGUGAUCAUAGGAUGUACUGGUGGAGGAUCAAAUUUUGCUGGUUUGAGUUUUCCUUAUAUCCGGGAGAAACUUAAAGGCAAAAUCAACCCUAUUAUAAGAGCGGUUGAACCCACCGCUUGUCCUUCCUUAACCAAAGGAGUUUACGCUUAUGAUUUUGGUGGUACAGCUGGAUUGACUCAUUUGAUAAAGAUGCAUACUUUAGGGCAUGACUUCAUUCCUAGUCCUAUACAUUUCGGUAAGAAAUCAGGACGACCAAAUGGAUUACGGUACCAUGGGAUGGCACCGUUGGUCUCACAUAUUUAUGAACAAGGUUUCAUGGAAGAAAUUUCAAUUCCUCAAACUAAGUGCUUCCAAGGUGCUAUUAAGUUUGCGAGAACAGAAGGGAUAAUACCUGCGCCAGAACCGACUCACGCCAUUGCUGCAACCAUAAGAGAAGCUCUCCGAUGCAAAGAAACAGGUGAAGCAAAAGUGAUAAUUAUGGCCAUGUGGACAUGGCCACUUUGA